AUGAUCCCCGUCUUAGGUCAAGAUGGUUUGUGGUAUUGGGUUGACUCUUCACAGAUGUCCCACCCAUAUCCCAACCCCGACCCGCAUAAUCAAGAUCAGCAUCGUGACCCACUCCCUCAGCAUCACCACCAUGAGCUUCAGCAUGUACAACAUCAACACCAUUCUCAUCCUCAUCAUCACCAGCAACAAACAUCCCGACCACAUCAACACCCUCAUCAUUCCAACAUCGACACCGGUCCACCGCAAUUCCAAGUUGGCCCUCAUACCCAAUACUUGUAUGACACUUCCUACCAGGUGUCACAUGCCGUCGAUAACACCCACUUGCCUCAACAUCAGAUGAGCGCUGGUGUCGAGUCAAGUUCACAUCCGAUGCACAUGUACCCAUCCACAUACGAAACUUCCGAAGACCACUCUCGUCAACAGCUGUCUAUUCCUAUCCCUCCCUCUGGCAUGUACGAUGCUUCACAGCUCUCCGCCGCCUACUCCCAGCAGCUCACGCAAUCACCGUAUCAUCCUCCUACCGGUGCCCCCACUGCGGACACGUCGGCCUCCACCUCGGCUACCAUGGUCGAUUACUUCCCUAAACAAGCAUUGAUCGCUUCAUCCUCUUUCCAGCCUUCAACCUCUGACUGGUCUUCACACCCACCUAGAGUAGCAUCUUUGCAAGCUGGUCCUUCACAGUCCCGAUCCACCAGUACUUCCACCGUCGGCACAGGUCAUGGUCCCAAGACCUCUCGACAACAGUUUACCGCGUGUGGCGCAUGCCGACAUCGUAGAGUGAAAUGUGAUCUGAAGGACAGACAAGAAGAGGCUGAACGGCAAGCUGCUCUAGAGUUACAGAACGGCACUGUCGGUCCUGUUCGAGGGCAGGGCAAGAGAAGAAAAUAUUUCGGCUUCCCUUUCGACGAAUACGCCCCGCUGAAGGCUCAAAAACAAUUGCGUAGAGGUAAAAGAAUAUCUGAGAUCGAGAAUAUCUACGGGAAAAGUGCGACCAAUGCCGCCAUGGCGUCGUCGGAAGACUCUGAAGCGACAUCGAGCAGAGAAGCCCUACGAGACAUCGCCACGCUGCCAGAGUUGACCCUCGAAUUCUUUGAGUCCCCAUUCUUUCGUAGGUUUCAAGUGCAACGACCGGUGAUCGAUCCCGAUGACUUUGUCCAGAGGUACCUUCGGCCGACUAACCCCACCGCCGCUGCAAUGGGUCCAGAAGGCGCCAUCCUCUGCCAUGUUUUGUAUGCUUGGGCGGUGUCGUACGGGGUCGACGAACGAGGGAACUGUGACGUCCCAGAAAACGGCGGCGCUCCGCUGCUCAACGUUAGUCUCCUGCACCCGAGUGACGCAGAGGCCAGUAGGGAAGCCGACCGCCAAGGAAGAAGAGCAAAAAUGCGAUAUGUGGUAGAGAUCAUCCUUCGUGAGAUCGAUGACGCUGGGAUUCUUCGUCGACCAUCCUGGGACGGUGUACGAGUUUUACUUCUCCUUCUGCCGCUGACGGAAGGUAUUUCGACCUCAGUUGAACGACUGACCAUGUACGAAUCAGCUGUCUCUCAAGUGCACGCCCUGUGCUCAUUCAACGCUUUGGGAUAUGACGGACAGCCUUCUGCUGCUUCAAGCGCCAACGGCGGUACAGAUAGUAGAGAAGGGCGGGAUUACCUGCUGGUCCGCGUGCGCGUUUACUGGUAUGCAUUUGUCCACGAGGGUAUCACCACUGGACUCAAGGGAGGACGACUUCACCUUGACGGCGACGAUUUGGAGACCAUUCAAGACUCGAUCAACCAUCGUUCCUUAAUGGUGAAAUCGCCAGAGAUGAAGUCUAGUAUCAAGUUCGCCACUGCUCCCAUACAGCUUGCCAUGGCCUGUCGACUGAUCAACAAAGCCCUUACUGGACAAGUCGCUCGACGCAAGGCAGAUGUAAACGCAGCCUUGGUCAAGGAAGCGUGGGAGGCGUUGGAGAAAUGCUGGGAGGAGUUCGAUGCCUUGCGUCAUGAACCUCCAGGAUCUUAUACUUCCGCUGAUGAGGUCAUCCGGUUUUCCGAUGGAUGGAAAAUUUUCCUAUUUGAAGCUCAAAAUGUUAUCCGGACCUCGCUCGAGAAACGUCUGGAGGGUAUUGUGUCUCAAACUGGGGCGUAUAUUAGCGAUCCAGACAGUACAAACGGAGAAGUGACAAAUUUGCGGCAUCUGCUGGACAUAUCGAAGAGUAAAUGUGAGGUUCAGACAAGGCAAACCAUGGAUAUCAUCAAGAGACAUGUGGGGACGAGUUUUUUCGAAUGGGACGCUUCGCUCGUCCGAGACGGGACGUAUUACACGGCCAUGCUAUUGGCCAAAAUGAGAGAUACAGAUGAAGAUAUUGUUAUUUGUCUUCGAGCGUUGAAUGAACUCCGAUGGGCCCAUGCCAAGUCAUUUGAACGUUCGGCCGAUCUUCGAAGAGAAUGGCAACAAACCCGAUCCUCCUCCUCAUCCGAACAUAUCUUCCCAUGGGAUCCUCUCGCUACAGGUCCAACUUCUGCUCAUUCCCUUCCAAACCAUUCGCCUCAUUUCUCCCCCCCUUCUACGGAAUACAAUUAUCAACUUCAACCUUCUCAUUCUCAUUCUCUUGUCCAAGUCAUCAAAUCUGAUCCAUCCCCAGGUCCAGGAGAAGAAAACGUCUGGAAUGAUCGAUACGAAUUUGUCCGACAAGAUUCAACUUCUUUAUCCGCUUCGGGAUCCGGAUCGACCACGGGAUACAUGUCUGUACCUCCGGCUCCUAUGGGACAAGAGAUGGAAGAGAUGGGUUAUGUUCAACAUAAUUUUGAUAUAUAUAAUCCUGAAGGAUAUUAUUUUCAUCAAGGAUGA